UGGCCAAAUGUCCAGCGAGAGCUGAUAUCCUGUUUGUCAUCGACACCUCCGGCAGCGUGAGUGAAAGGGAUUUUGGCCUGGCCAAGCAGUUUGCCACCAGACUGACCGAACAUUUCCAGAUUGGCGACAAAGAUGUCCGGUUUGCGGCAAUCUCCUACAGCGACAGAGUUCAGAGGGUUUUUGACUUUAAGACUUACUCUAACCAUGCUGGACUCAGUUUGGGUUUGGCGUUGGCUCCGUUCCUUGGCGGCGGCACCAAAACGUACCUAGCGCUGGACUUCAUCCGUCAGCAGAACCUCUUCAGCACAUCCAACGGAGCCAGGGAACGGUCCAGCAAGCUUGUGGUCGUCAUGACUGACGCAUCGUCGGACAGUCUCUUCAAAA